GCCUGUCACUUUCCUCCUUGGCUUUUGAAGCUUCACACCCCUCGGAGUGGUUGUCACCACCCUGAAGGCAGGGCCCCCCUCGGCCAACUCCCCCGGCCGCCUCCUGUGUCAGCAAAGAGCCAAGGCGUCCCACUUCUGGUCCCCCGGCCUGCCAGCCAGCACCUUAAAGGGAGGCAGGCAGCUGGCGAGGCAGGAGAAAGGGAGGGCAAGGAAGGAAGGGAGAAAGGACGGUGGCGAGGGUCAACUCUCUUUCCACUGCCGUCUUUCGGGGGCUUACAUCUGUCUUGCCGUGCACCAAGGAGGGGGAACGGAAGGACUGCGGAAUCAUCUCCCACCAGUGGCCGGAGCCACUUCUUUCUCUCUCUCCCCCCCUUCAGCUCUGGGCAUCCUCUCCUAAAUCCCGACCCACCCGACCGAGAUGAAGGGGCUCUGGCUGGCGUGGGCGGCACUGCUGCUGGCCGCGGUCGGACCCGUGGCACAAGGCGAGGAGGGGCUGGAUUUCCCCGAGUACGACGGCGUCGACCGGGUCAUUGACGUGAACGCCAAGAACUACAAGAACGUGCUGAAGAAGUUCGACGUGUUGGCGCUCCUCUACCACGAGCCGGUGGAGGACAACAAGGCGUCGCAGCGGCAGUUUGAGAUGGAAGAGCUGAUUCUGGAGUUAGCAGCCCAAGUCCUGGAGGAGAAAGGAGUCGGAUUUGGCCUUGUGGACUCAGAGAAGGAUGCAGCAGUGGCCAAAAAGCUAGGGCUGACUGAGGAAGAUAGUGUCUACGUCUUCAAGGACGAUGAGAUCAUUGAAUACGAUGGAGAGUUUUCUGCUGACACGCUGGUGGAGUUUCUCCUAGACGUACUGGAGGAGCCUAUUGAGUUCAUUGAAGGAGACCACGAGCUUCAAGCUUUUGAGAAUAUAGAGGAUGAGCCCAAACUGAUCGGAUACUUCAAGAAUGAAGACUCAGAACAUUUCAAGGCCUACGAAGAUGCAGCUGAGGAAUUCCAUCCCUACAUCCCCUUCUUUGCAACCUUUGACAGCAAGGUGGCAAAGAAAUUGUCUCUGAAGCUGAAUGAGAUCGACUACUACGAGCCGUUCAUGGAGGAACCAGUGACCAUCCCAGACAAACCCAACAGCGAGGACGAGAUUGUGCAGUUCUUGGAGGAGCACAAGAGGCCAACACUCAGGAAACUCCAGCCAGACAGCAUGUAUGAAACCUGGGAAGAUGACAUAGAUGGCAUCCACAUUGUUGCAUUCGCAGAAGAGGAUGACCCAGAUGGUUUUGAGUUCCUGGAGAUCCUGAAGGAUGUUGCUCAAGAUAACACGGACAACCCAGAUCUCAGCAUCAUCUGGAUCGACCCCGAGGACUUCCCACUGCUGAUCCCAUACUGGGAGAAGACUUUUGACAUUGACCUGUCCCGGCCUCAGAUUGGCGUUGUCAAUGUGACAGAUGCCGACAGCAUCUGGUUGGAGAUGGAUGAUGAGGACGACCUCCCGUCCCCAGACGAGUUGGAAGACUGGAUUGAGGAUGUGCUGGAAGGAGAGAUCAACACAGAGGAUGAUGAUGAUGACGACGACGACGACGACGAUGAUGACGACGACGACUAGAGGUUGGCACCUCCAUUCUUCGUAAAAGGCAGACCCUGCCUGGGGGGCCCACCUGUGUCAUACCUUUCCCCACACAGCGACAUGUGCCAACAGACCCUACACAAGAACGUAUUUUUAUAUUGAUCCUAUUUAAGUCAAAGGCCCCCACCUUGUCCUGAAAGGCCCCUCCCACCUCUGGGGACCCCAUUCUGCCUUCUUCCCCCAUGGAGGGAGAAUCGGGUUCUGCCAAGGGUGCUCUCCCACCCACCACCCACCCCAUCCUUUCCUCGUCCUCAGUUAGACUUGCCAGAUGUUAUUUGGACUCCGGUCCUGAGUACUGGACUGCAGGUGUUCAAGACGGGCAAAACAAAACAAAACUUUCCAGGCAGAAGCCAAGAUCUGGCCAGUUUCUUCUGGGAUGCUGGAGUCUCUUUGCCCCAUCCCAAGGCUCCAUCUACCAGGAAGCUGGGCGGGGGGGGGGGGAGAGAGAGAUUUCUAAUCCAGCACAACCAAAGUUAAGCCUCCCCCUUCCCCCAUGACAUUAGCGAUGUGAAUUUCCCAUCAUGUCUCUCUACCCUGAGACUGUAGACAUGCCAGCCAUAUGUGAGACAUUUGCCUGGAGAUCAGAUAUCCGCUUUUGACAUUCUGGGACUCUUAACCACAAACGCUGCUGCUAAUGGAGACCCAGUUUCAUACUAGGUAAUGUGGUGGCAGUCCUUCUUGGAGAAGGGGGCCGCCCAAUCUCGAUGCCUUAGAGGGAGUGAAGACUGUUCCCUGCUAAUUAGCCACUGGCAAUUUAGAACAGUUAGAAGUUAGACCCUGUCAUCUUUUAAACCCCCUGGAAUAAUAGAAUUUGAAUGCUGGGAGGGACUUUGGAGGCUUGCCCUUUGCCCUUGCAAUCCACUCAUGGCUUGCAAUAGUUAUGACCAGUGUAGACCAGCUCUGUUACUUGGGAUUCUUAUUAAUGGGAGAUAUCCGAGAUUUAAACUGGGAUUUUUCUGCAGGCAAAACCAUUAGUUCUGAGCUAUGCCCACCUCCUAGAUCUAAAGCAGCUGUAUAAUCUAGCUGUUCAACAGUGUGAAAACUACAAAGUUUUUUUUAAAAAAAUCUGAUCAAAACUAGCCCAAGUGGCUUCCUCUUUCUCUCUCUCUCUCUCUCUCUCUGCGCAAUAUCUUGAGUUUCCCCCCACUAAUAUUCCCCACGGGCCUCUUCAAAUUUCCACACAUGCAACUCAUCAGUGUCUCGUAGAGAACAGCUCCCUGAAUCCUUUCAUCCAUUUGCCUAAAGGGGGAAGGACUGUACCAACAAUUAAAAUUAUACCCAAAUUUAAAUUUCUGGACUUUGGGGUAAAGAGAUUCUGGCUUAAAUUAUCUGAAUUUCCAUUUGCAUUUCAGUGGGAAAAGGGGGAAGUAGAACCAGUUCAGGACCUGGUGGGUAGACAAUGUACAAUUUGUAUAUUUUUCAACAACUUUGUACAGAUCAACCAAAGUGAUUAAAAAAUAAUAAUACAACAAGACAAA